CUAUUCCACUGAUGGUCACUAUUCCAUUCACUACUGUUCAACAACUCUACAAGUAUUACCAAUAAAGACGUCUUCCAAGUGUGACGAACUUUCAGUCAGAUUUCACCAUCGGUUGUGGUAAAAUAUAGUAAACGAUCGUCGCUCUUUUUUGAUUAAGCCUCAAACUCGCCGAAGAAUUUGAAUUGUUUUUUUUUAUUUUUGUAUAUUUUUUUAUUUGUUGUUUUCGACAUCAAUCGGUCAGUGUGGAAAGUGAUUUUUUAUGAUUUUUGAAUUUUAUUAAAUGAUUUUCUAAUUUUAAAAAUAAAACAAACAUAGUGAAAUCGUGGUUUUAAAACAAGUUUGUUGGUUUUUCUUGUUGUUUUUUUACUGUGGAUCAACAAGAUUUUAAAGAAAAAAAAAAAAAAAAAAAUAUAUACAAGAUUGUGAGACAUAAGAUACUGGUACAUGAUAAAAAUUGUUAUUUGCCAAUUUUUUGCCAAUUUGAUUAAUUAAUCAAACAAAUAAACAAAUCGUGAUUAAAUUGUUUUAAAUAAACAAUUUAUUUUGUGUGAAAUUUUCUUGCAACAAUUUUAUUUGUUUUUUUUUUGUCUAUAUUUUUUGCUGUUGAAAGAAGAAAGUGAUCCAACACACACUAACCAUAUUGAAGUCAGUUACUUUUUCACAUAUUUGAAGAAUUGACUUUUAAAUGAACAGAAAAAGACGUUGAGUGGCGUUACAUUGAAUCGUUUUGUUUUUUUUUUUUAUGUAAAUACGAGAGUCUUGUUAAUUUGACCAGACGCAAUAAUGCAGGCGAUAACAAUUGUGUGUAGCGUGCUGUUUGUAAUUGUUGACUUUACACAGGCACAAGAUGACAUAAGCAAUAGUUUAUAUACAACAAGAUACGAACGUUUAGAUAUUGAUACAAUUUUGGCAAGUCCGAGGUUGGUGACAAAUUACGUGGAAUGUUUACUUAAUAAGAAGCCCUGUGCUCCCGAAGGCAAAGCACUUAAAAGAAUUCUUCCCGAAGCCCUUCGUACAAAAUGUGGUCGUUGCCAUCCAAGUCAAAAGGAAGUAGCUCUGAAGGUCAUUACUGCAUUAUAUUUCGACUAUCCACAAUAUUAUAAGGCUCUUCAAGAAAGAUGGGAUCCUUCAGGAGAUUACAAUAAACGAUUUGAAGAAUAUCUGCGGGAUCAGAAAUUCAACUCAAUCGGAGGUGGUGACUCUGAAGCUGGAGAACAAGCACAGGGCUCAUCAUUCAGCAUAAAUAUUACGCAGCGUCCAACAAGACAAGGUGCAAAUAACCAAACACAAGGACAAGAAGCCAAGCCAAGUGCAGCACCAUCAACUGACAAUAAGGAAUUGCCAGCAAUCUUGAACCGUUUUGGUGCCGAUGACGAAGAUGGUUAUGAUUAUGAAAAGCCCACAGUCAAGACUACUACUCAAGCUCCAUCAGCACCCGCACCACAACAGCCAUCAAAGUCACAACAACCUCAGAAGCCACAACAACAGCCAUCGGCUCCAAGUGCGACUUCAGCGCCAUCUAGGAGACCAUCCUCUAACAAUAAUGGUAAUAAUUCACCAAGUUCUGGCGGCUCAUCCAAGCCAACACAAAAUACAUCUGGAGGAUCAAAUCCAACACACACAUGGACACAUAAUAAUCAUCCAACUCCUAGUACAACAACAACAUAUUAUUUGAAAACACAAAAUCCAGUUUUAAAUAUUAUAAAUCGUAUAACGCAAAAAUUUGCCAAUACUGCUGAAUUUAUUGCAGGAAUGUUAAGAGGAGCAGUGCCACAGCCACAGGCCCCAAUACACAAAGAUGAUAUUCUGCGUAAAUUUUGUGAUAGGUUGAGAAAAACAAUUUUGUCCCACACAAACAAUAAUCAAAAUGAGAAAAAAUAUUAUCAUGGAUUUUACUAAAAAAAUAAACACACUCACAUCAAAAUUAUAUUUUAUAAGUUCGUCGUCAUUUCUUGCCAGAAAACACAACAUCACAGACUUUGAGACAGAUAGUCUUGACAUU